AUGUCUUUUGUGGAACUGGAGGAGAUUGAUGGAGUUUUGGCUGCAAAAUGCCCAGAUUCUUUUAUCAAGGAGGGUCUUGAGAAGUGGAGAAACACUCUUAUGGGGCAUUUUAUUGGGGGCAGGCCAAGUUUCACUUUUGCUCGAGACAUGUUGUUAAAACAAUGGAGAAUUUCAGGCCAUGUUGAUGUUAAUUUGCUGGACAGUGGUUUCUUUAUCUUCCGUUUUAAUCUUGAUGAGGAUAAAAUUAAAGUUCUUGAAGGGGGUCCUUGGUAUGUGCAGAGAAGACCUAUGAUUCUUCGUCCUUGGAGUCCGAAUCCCAUUGUUACUGAUAAAAUGACAAGAUCCAUGGCAAGGUUGUCUUAUGCUCGUUUAUGUGUAGAAGUUUCUGCAGAUAAGGAGCUUCCGUUAUCAAUUCCAGUUUGUGGAGAUGAUGGGUUUAUUUUUAACCAAAAGGUUGUUUAUGUUUGGAAGCCUCCUCGAUGUAAACAUUGUAAGGUGUUUGGUCAUCUCUUGGAUACAUGUAAGUUUGGGAGUAAUGGUCAAACUCAUAAAGACUCUCGGCCAAAGAAGGAGUGGCGGGUGAAGGGAGCUGUGGAGAAUGUUGAAGGAGUUUUGGCCGGAGGUGGUGCUGUUCUACAGGUGGUUAGUGAUGGUGUGGCUUCUAAGCAGCCGGAGGUGGUUGCUGGAUUUGGAGAUGCAAUCUUGAAUGCAGAUUCCUUAAUUACAGGUAAGGGUAAAGGAAAAGAUCUCGAUUUGGUGGGGAGGGAAUCCAGAUUUGGAAAGAAGGUCUUUAAAAUUCCUGCGUUAAAUUCUGGGGGGCAAUCUAAGGCUAAGGGGCUGGUUCACUCCAAUGCCUUUGCGUUGCUGGAAGAUCUGACGGAGGAGGGAACAGAUUUGGAGGAAGAUGACGUUGGCCCCCAGCCAUUAGCUAUGAUUCCUAAUGUGGAUGGGGAGGAUUGUGGGGAGCAUUUGGUUUCUAAAGAUAGUGCUAUUUUUAAAAAUCUUAAUGCAAAGUCUGAUUUGGUGGAGAGUGAUCCUAGUGCGUUUUCUAUGGAAGGGAAGAUUUCUGUUUUUCUUUUGUUUGUGGUUCUACAAGGGAAUUACCCCCUUUCUCUUCUUAACAUUUGGUGCUUUCAUUGCUUUUUGAACUCCAUUCUUCAGUUCAUGGCAGAAAGAACUAGAUCUACUAAGAUUGAUGAAGCAAUUAAGAAUUUGCAAUCGUUUCAAGCUGCUCUACUCCACGAUUCAACUGAAUUCAAGAAGAGCACUGAAGCCAAUUUUGCAGAUCUUCACAGUGCCUCGAAGCAGUUCAUGUCUCAUGUUGAUGCUCGAUUGGAUUCCUUACAAUUCAACAAUGGUGGUUCUACAUAUGAUGGUGAAUCAAGGCAUGAGGGUAUGGUUAUUCCACGAACUCCUAAUCAGUUUGCUAUGAGUAGAUCUAUGAGACUUGAUGCACCAAGAUUUGAUGGAACUGAUGUUGCUGGAUGGGUUUUUAAAGCUGCCCAAUUCUUUGAGUACCAUCAGACACCACCUGAUCAAAGGUUUCUCAUAUCUUCCUUUCACAUGGAGGGACCUGCACUCUCUUGGUUUCGGUGGAUGCAUUGUAACAAAUUGAUUGUUUCUUGGCCUCAAUUUUUACAAGCUCUCAAACUGAGAUUUGGUCCAUCAAUCUAUGAAGAUCCUAAAGGGCAAUUGGCUAAAUUACAACAUGUGACUACAGUAGCAACAUAUCAGGCCCCAUUUGAGGAGUUAUCCACUCGGAUUCAUGGCUUAUCAGAGGAUUUUCUCAUAAGUUUCUUCAUAUCGGGUCUGAAACCUGAGCCGAGGAAGGAAUUAUUGGUGGCUCAGCUCUGUUCUUUGGUACAAGCUAUGGCCUUGGCUCAGUUGCAGGAAGACAAAUUCAAUGAUUUGAAGCAAUCUUGGAAGCAACCUUGGAAUAAGUUUAGCAAUAUUGGCAUUAAUUCUGUCCCACAAGUUCAUGGAGUUGAGCCUGACAAAGAUAAGAUUGAAGCUAUGCUUCUUUGGCCAGUACCUAAGGAUUUGAAGAGUUUGAGAGGGUUUUUGGGUCUCACAGGUUAUUACAGAAGAUUUGUGAGGAAUUAUGCAUCACUUGCUGUUCCAUUAACUGAUUUGCUGAAGAAAGAUUGUUUCCACUGGAAUGAUGGGGUUGCAGCUGCAUUUGUUAACCUCAAGGCAGCUAUGACAAACUUACCAGUCCUUGCAUUGCCCGAUUUUAAUGUUCCUUUUGAAUUAGAGACUGAUGCAUCUGGAUUGGGGAUUGGUGCUGUGUUGAUACAAUUGGGGCACCCUAUCGCUUUUUUUAGCAAGAAGUUGAGUUGUCAAAUGCGAGCAGCUUCUACUUAUGUAAGAGAGCUCUUUGCCAUUACUCAAGCUGUUAAGAAGUGGAGGCAAUAUCGGAUUGGUAGGAGUUUUGUGAUACGAACUGAUCACAAGAGCUUAAAGCAUUUGAUGGAGCAGGUCAUUCAAACACCAGAGCAACAGUGUUAUCUUACAAAGCUGUUGGGAUUUACUUAUACAAUCAGCUAUAAACCUGGCAAGGAGAACAAGGUCGCUGAUGCAUUGUCCAGAAUACCUGAGGUGAUGGGUUCUGGUUCCCAAAUGUCUUAUGCUUGUUCUAUGGUCCAGACUGAAUUGUUGGCUGCAAUUAGGAAGGAGAAUGUGGAGGAUUCUAAGUGGCAGACUUUGCAUCAGGCCAUCCAAAAUGGUACUCUUUCUGAUCUGAAUUAUACUAUUAGAGAUGGUCUACUAUUUUUUAAAGGUAAAUUGCGAAUUUCUUCUCACUCACCACUCAGGCAGGAGUUGUUUCAAUUGUAUCACAAUAGUUUGGUCAUGGGGGUCAAGUAUGCAACUUCCAAACCAGCUGGCCUCCUACAACCCCUUCCUAUACCUGAUCAAAUCUGGGAAGACAUCUCUAUGGACUUUGUCACAAGCUUGCCUCUUUCUCGAGGAUACUCGGUCAUACUAGUAGUUGUUGACAGGUUGACCAAAGCAGUGCAUUUUGGUCCUCUUCCAUCAAAGUUCAAUGCUAGCUCCGUUGCUCAGUUGUUUGUGGAUAUGGUAGUCAAACAUCAUGGAUUUCCAAAAUCCAUUGUGAGUGAUAGAGACGAAACAAUUGUUUCAACUCAGUGGUACUUCAUGGAAUUUCAGUACUUCCUAUCACCCUCAAACAGAUGGGCAGACUGA